CAAUGCCAUUUCAGUGAGAAUUAAAACGUGUUCCAUGUCUGACGCCACAAAAAAAUUGUUGAAAAAAAAUUCAUAAAAUUAUUUAACAAAAGUAUCUUAAAAAUACGAAUAUUUCGUGGGUCCAUCAACGGGUUUUUACAAAGCAAUCUCGCUCUUCCCCUCUACCGCUUGCAACAAUUAACAACAAAGUGAAGAAAAAUCACACGACAACAGAUGAAGUAAAUGUAAAUCACGCAGUUUAUAAAUAAAUUGAAAAACAAAAAGAAAUCAAGCAAAACAAAACAUUAAAAUCUUUAAAAAUUUGCACUAUUGUUUACAAACAAACAACGAGAGAUAACAAUAACAAAUAUGAACAUGGAUUAGAACAUUUCUGCGUUAAAAAAAGAAAAUUUUUGCUCCGCUGCUGCCAAAACCUAGAAAAUUUUCGAAAAAAAAACUCAAGGAUCAAAGGUCCCAAAAGCGCCUAACCUCCAUUCAGAAUAAAUCCCACAAAAUUGCCAAAUAACUUAACAUUGUUGAUCUGAAACUGAAUAUUGAGUGAAAAACAUUCCUCCUCCUCCACCUCUGCCCCCCCAUCCCCUGCUCCUUUGAAAACAGCCGUUUGUCCUUCCUACUAUGAGUACCACUUGGAUGGAAGCCUUGCAAGCCGCCAAACAAACGGAAACCACCAAAACAAAAAACUCACGUUCGGAAAGACCUACCAACAACAAUAACAACAACGCCAGACGUUCGCAUCGUCAGCAUCGACGCUCACGAUAUAACGGUAGCACAAUAAUACCAAUCUCAUCGCCGACCAUAAUAUCUACUGCGGCCGCCGCAUCAUCACCGGCGGGCUUUUUCCAAUCGUUGUUCGAAAGCAAAGAUUCAAUACGUUAUUCGGCAUUGAAUCAAACGGAUAUUGAAAAAGCUGAACAUCUUCAGAGUCACCAGCAAGAGGGAGGACGGACAGGUGCUGCAGGAGGAGGUGGAUUUUUUGGUGGCAACGAACCAGAGUCGGAAAGUGAAAGCCGGGCCAGUGACAGCAGUAACAGCAGCAGCAGCAGCAGUCUUAAGGAUUUAUUCGUCAAUAAUCGUCCGAGGCGCAAAUCAAGGCGAAGAAUGAGACGAGGGAAUUCGUAUUCGAUGCGGGAGAACUUCGACAGCAGUAGACAGAACCUUGUCCCAUCGCCACAAAAAUUACGAAAACGUCGUAUAAUUAUCGUGUGCGGCAUUCUUAUUGCGAUUCUAGUGGCUAUUGGCAUCUAUUUUAUUGUGACAGCAGGCAGUGAUGACUCGACAAAUGGCGACGGCAAUGGUGGUGGUUCCGGCUCAUCCAAUGGCAUCCAUUUGGAGGAUAUAUUACAGGGUAAGCUGUUGUCGCGUUCCUUCAAUGGCAGCUGGUCGAAUGGACCCAAUGUGAUCUACAAGGAAAAUCAUAAUUUUCAAAAUUUGCAGGCCAUUGUGGAGCUGAAUGUCAAGACGAAAACGAAAACCACGCUGAUGAUGGAUGAGGCUCAACAAUAUGUGCUCUUUGAGAAAUCAGCCGAUGGCACUCUCCUGCUUCUGGCCAAGAACUACAAGAAGAACUUCCGCCACAGUUACGAGGCCGAAUACGAUAUCUACAACAUUUCCAGCGGACAAAUUCAACCGUUGCUCAUCCAGAACCAAGUCCAUCCCCUGAUUUUGGUCCAAUGGGCCCCGGUGGGUAAUGCCCUCGUCAUUAACUUCCAACGCAACCUCUACUACAAGCCAACCGCCUUCGCCCAAGAAAUCGCCCUCACCGACGAUACGAAUUUGGCCAUUCUAAAUGGUAUACCCGACUGGGUGUACGAAGAGGAGGUAUUCGCCUCGAAUUCGGCCGUCUGGUUCAGUCCCGACGGCAGCCAACUGGCCUUCAUCCAAUUCGACGAUAGUCCAACGCCUGUCAUUAACUUCCCCAUCUAUGGCGAAGCUGGUGAUAUCCGUUUCCAAUAUCCCUACAAUCGUUUGGUGGCCUACCCGAAGUCCGGCUCACCAAAUCCCCGCGUCAAACUGUUUACAUCGGAUUUAGCAAGAGCUGCUGGUGGUAAUACAGACCACUUGACUGAGAUCCCACGGCCCAGUGCUCUGAACACAGAAAGUGAUUAUAUUAUCACCGUAGUUGAUUGGCUAAAUAACACGAAUGUGCUGUCGGUGUGGAUGAAUCGGAUACAGAAUUCGGCCCAUUUGCAGAUAUUCAAUGGGCUGAGGAGGCAGGAGAUCUUCAGUUUGGAAUCGAAAACCGGUUGGGUCGACUUCUUUGCCGCCCCCUUCAAAAAUCGUGAUGGUUCUCGCAUUGCCCUAAUCUUGCCUCAGACCCAGGUUGAUGGCGGUGACUAUCGUCACUUGUGUCUGCUGGCCACCUCGUCGGGCAGCAACAAACCCGAGGCCAUAACCAAGGGUAAAUAUGUUGUCACCUCCAUUCUGCAUUGGGACAGCGGGAGCGAUGUGAUCUUUUAUACCGCCAAUACUGAACAAAAUCCGGAAUAUUUACACGUCUAUGCCAUCAGGGCGGCCACGGGACAAACGGCCAAAUGUUUGACCUGUAAAUUGCAUACAUCGAAUGGUGUGGAACAGACCUAUUACAGUGCCGAUUUUAAUACCGCCAAUCAGGUGGUAAUCACCUCUAUGGGACCAAGCAUACCCAUUACCUCAGUCUAUGAAUGGAAUUAUUCGGGAAAUCAAGUUUCUUUGAUCAAAUUAAUGGAUUGGGAACACAAUGAUAAUCUACGACACAAACUGGAGGGUACAGCCAUGCCCACAAUCGAAAUUGAGACGGUGCAAAUGUCAAAUGGUUUCUCGGCCAAGGUUCUGAUGCAGCUACCUCCCAAUCUGGAUCGCAGCGGCAAAACCAAAUAUCCCAUGUUGGUCGAUGUGUAUGGUGGCCCAGAUUCCUAUUCGGUUGUGAACAAAUGGAUCCUGGAUUGGGGCACCUAUCUUUCCUCAAAUCAAUCUGUGAUUUAUGUCAAAAUUGAUGGACGUGGCUCGGGACUGAGAGGAGAAAAACUGUUGCACUCGGUUUACCUUAAAUUGGGUACCGUGGAAAUUGCCGAUCAAAUUGAAGUGGCCCAGUAUUUACAAAAAAAACAUCGCUUCAUUGAUGCCGAACACUCUGGCAUUUGGGGUUGGAGUUAUGGUGGCUAUGCGGCUGCUAUGGCCUUGGCCAAUGAUAAAAACAAUGUCUUCCGUUGUGCUGCCUCAAUUGCCCCCGUCACCGAUUGGGCCUACUAUGAUUCAAUUUACACCGAACGUUACAUGAGCCUGCCCACACUCAACGAAAUCGGCUAUGCCAGUUCCCGUCUCAGCACCAAGGCCACAAAUUUGAAGGGCAAGAAAUUCCUGCUGGUCCAUGGCACCCUGGAUGAUAAUGUCCAUUAUCAGCAGGCCAUGAUAUUGGCCAAGAAUUUGGAGAGACAUGAUAUUCUGUUUAAGCAAAUUAGCUAUCCCGAUGAAGAUCAUGCUUUAGCCGGUGUUAGACCUCAUUUAUAUCAUUCAUUGGAUCGUUUCUUUGGCGAAUGUUUCGCCCAAAAGCGUAUGGUCUAUCGAAAAUAGACAAAUUCCAAAGCGGAUACCCAAUUUUGCCAUUUAUAAAAAAAAAAAAAAAAAAAAACAAAAACUAAAU